CUGUACCAUGCGUUUCUCAACAGAUUGAGGUUUGGAGGAAAUUGCGGCAUGAUACCGUUGCCACGCCAUACAACGGUACUCACGGUAUCGGCCGGUCCUCUGCUGGAAAAUGACAUAACCGGCAGUGUGUGGGGACGUGAAGAUGUGUUGAUGACCGGCAACGUGAUUUGCACCUGCACGCACAUGAACGCACUCCAUGUGACGUGUUGCGUGUGUUGAAGGCGUACACAUGGACGCAUUGGCAUGAAGAAUGUGGAUAACGUUCGACGUUAGGUAGACGUCAUCAGCUUCAUCCAGUCUUGUCGCAAUUCAAGCCUGCUGGAGUUGUGGAUACUUGGCACCACCAGAAACAGUCAAUGAUGCACAUCCCACUUCAUCCCACUUCGCUUCCGCUAAGCUAUCUUGGGACGGUGCCUUAGUCAUAUAGCACGUGACAGGCACGUGGGGCAAAUGGCACGUGUGCAAUGUCAUCAUGUGCAUGGAGAAAAAUGCCCCACCUCAUCAGGCCGCCCUGAUGGCCUACCCCGUGGAGUCCAUCGUGGGGGCGGUGCCUGUUGCUCUUCAAAAGGGAGCAAAUGUAGCUCUAGAAGAUCAAUUGAGGUCACAGUAUCCCAGGUACAUGCAGAGCAACUGAUACCAGAUUCACAAUGCCAGAGAUCAACCAUGUACGUUGUCAUAGUUGGUGCAGGCCCCUCUGGCCUGUUACUGGGUGUCCUUCUCGCGCGCAACCUCAGCAUCAAAGUCACGAUACUCGAUGCAAGCACCCAAGUCGACAGCAACCCACGGGCAGCUCACUACGCCCCAUCCGCCGUUUACGAUUUCCACCGGGCCGGUAUCAUUGACGAUGUGCGCAAACAAGGCUUCACGCCCAAGGGCGUUUGCUGGCGCCUGAAAGACACCACCUUCCUCGCCGGCAUGGGCCGUGAGCCCGAGGAAUCCGAAUAUGCCAUGGCUGUGCUUCCACUCGAUCGCCUCGGGCCUCUGCUUGUCGAGCACUUUGAGAGCCUACCAAAUACCGAGAUUCUCUGGGGCCACAAGCUCACGGGCGUCAAACAGGAUGGCAACACUGCUACCGCGCUUGUAGAGACGAGUGAGGGGGAGAAUAAGGAAAUUACGGGAGACUUCUUGGUUGGUGCCGACGGAGCCUCCAGCGCGGUGCGGACGGCAUUGUUUGGCAAAGAGUACCCAGGCGAGACGCUGAAACAGCAAAUUGUCGCUACAAAUGUCUACCUUCCCUUUGACGAGCGUCACAACUACUGGGAUUCUAAUUUCAUCUGCCACCCUACCGACUGGUACAUGGCUGCGCGCAUCACCCCCGACGGUCUGUGGCGCGUGACGUACGGCGACGACGCCGAUCUCAGCCGUGAAGAGCUCGUCCGUCGCCAGCCAAAACGAUACGAAGAGAUCCUCCCAGGCAACCCCAAACCCGGCGACUACAAGCUUGUGAGCAUGAGCCCAUACAAGUUGCAGCAGCGGUGCGCGCGUAGCUUCCGCGAAGGCCGCAUCGUCUUAGUCGCUGACGCCGCGCAUCUUUGUAAUCCAUUUGGCGGCCUCGGCUUAACAGGUGGCUUCGCUGACGUCGGUUCCCUCUACGACUGCUUCCUCGGUAUCCACAAAUCUGAGCUCGACAUCGAUAUCCUUUCCAAAUACAGCGACGUUCGCAAAGCUCUAUGGCGGGAUAUGAUUGAUCCGAUGUCUCGCGAAAACUUCCACCGUCUGUGGGAUCCCGCUGCCGAAAAGAAACGCGACGAAUUCUUCAAAGUGUGUGAGCGUGCUAGCGCAGAUCCGGUUUGGGGCAAGAGUGUGGCGGGAAGCGUUAUGGCGGUGAGACAUGAUUUUACGCAGUAUUUCAAGAGCAAGGGUGGAGAUGGGAUUGGUGGAUUUGUUGAUGGGAGGGUGGAGGAGAGGGAGAGCAAGGAGUGAGCAAGCGCCUGUAUAUAUAUGUGGAUGGGGAGGCCCUUUCCUGUUAGUCUUGUGGUAAAUUAACGAGAAGCAAAAGGUAUGGCAGUGACCAAACAAGAUCUCAUCUGUCCGUACCAUGCAUUAUAAUCGUAUAGUUUUACUCGUCUGAAGCAAUUCUUUCUCCCAUCAUCCUAAAUAUGCAUAUACCCGACUUGCGUUUCGAUCUUAUACUACACAGGUGAUCCCUCUCCUUUUUUGAUUUCUUCUGUUCCCUACCAGCAAAAGAACAUUCCCCAAAAAAACACUCCAAUCGUCACCAUACACGC